AUGGAACGUGCACUACGGUACUUACUGCCUGAGAUUAUGGUCUCCCGGGAGGUGUUUGGUUUCUCUCUGAAACAAAUAAAAGACAGGAUUGAAUUCUGCGGCACACCCAUGACCAUGGUGCUUCGAUAUGAAGUGUCCUUCACUUUUCUUCCAUGGCUUCACUCCAGUAAGAAAACCGUUUUUAACUUCACCAGCAUUUCUGUUGUUGCUGAAGACGCCCUUUGCAUACACAUUGCGGAUCCAUCGAUUUUUUUUUUUAGUGUAUAA